AACGGGUGUUGCUGCAACAUCUGAAAUGCGGCAAGGCCGCAGCUCCAGUGCGAGGUCCCCGGACCAUGUGGAUGGGUCUGGGUCUGGUGCCAUCGCUGCAGCCGCGCCUCAGCAUGGAGGAUGUGGUUGUAUGAUCCUCUACUGGAUGUUCAUGUCUCUUAAACAUUACCUUCCUAGUUAAACGCAUCCAUACUGUAUGGAAAGCAAAAGCAAAAACCGUCCUCUUUUGCAGUCUAUAAAUCGAAACAAGUUAACAUGUGAACCAUUGCCUCAGAAGCAGAAGAGAAAAUGUGCUACAUUGCAAGAACGUGGAAUCAAAAACAAUGCCGCCCGGAAUUUAGCUUCAAACUUCAAACAUGUCACCGAGGUGAGAAAGGCUGAUGUCUUUUUAAGGAAAAGGAUCAGAGAUGGAGAUUUGCAAGCAAAUUUUCUAUUAGGGCAACUCUACUUUGAAGAGGGAUGCUAUGAAGCAGCUCUGGAAGAGUUUAACAAAAUUAAAGAUAAAGACUUCCAAGCCCUUUAUCAGCUGGGUGUGAUGUAUUACGAUGGCCUUGGCACCAAGCAGGAUCCUUCUCUAGGUGUGGAAUAUAUGAACAGAAUUGUAAACACUGAUGACCUGAAAGCAAGCCACUUGAAAUUUGCUGCAUAUUACAACUUGGGCAUUGCUUCCUUUGAAGGAUUUGGAAUCCAACAGUCUGAUUCAGAAGCAGAAAGAUUGUGGCUUCUUGCUGCAGAUGAUGGGAACCCAAAAGCGAGUAUAAAAGCCCAAACUACUCUGGGAAUGUUCUAUAGCAGACCAGAGUCUCAGAAUUUGCCAAAGGCAUUCUUUUGGCAUUCAGAAGCCUGUGGCAAUGGAAGUCUAGAGUCUCAAGGUGCAUUGGGCUUACUGUACCUCACCGGACAGGGUAUCCGUAAGGACAUACAAUCAGCUUGUGAAUGCCUGAAGGAGGCAUCAAGCAGAGGCAACGUUUAUGCUCAGGGUCACUUAGCUGCUUACCUGUAUAGUCGUAAACUGUACAAUAGUGCUGCUGAACUUGCAUACAGGGUUGCCCAGUAUGACAAUAUCCCAUUAAUAGCAAAGGAAACUGAUUGUCUGCCAUCUUAUAUAGCAAAGGGCAUCGCCAUGGCUGCUUUCUACUAUGGGAGAUGUCUACAGUUAGGCUUAGGGACAAAGCAGGAUCAAAUAGAAGCCAGAAAAUACUUCUGCAGGGCAAUUAACAUGGAUCGUGAUAUAGCGACUGACUUGCAUUUUCAAGUUAUAAUGGAAAGAAUUUAAGAAGAAGCCAUUGUGAAGAAAUGUUGUAUAGACACUACUUCAGUGGAUUAUUGUUCUGGCAAUUGUUUUUCAUCAUGUAAUUAACAUCACAUCAUUUUGGAAAUGGAAAAUUGAAGAGGUACCACUAAGUCAAGAGUAAAAAUGGCCUAUAGCUCCUGGAAAAAUAUUCUUCAACUCCUUAGUACUUGAUGAGAAUAAGUUCGGACAAUAUAAAUCUGAGCCAUUUGAAAUGAGUUUGUGAACAUUUAGACCAUGUGAGAUCUGCCAUUUUUAAAAGAAAAAUGCUCCUCCAAUACUUUUAGCUUGUGUUCCUGUGGCAAAUGUUGCUUAAGAAGAUUUGUCAUGUGACAGUAGACAAGGAGCAUAGCAAUGGCAAAGACCCAAUCUUUGAUUUAGAAAAAUCUCUCAAAGCAUUUUGGAGGCAUGACCAAAAAUUGCAAACCAAAUCUUCGGAAAUAUUAGGAGAUACAAAAGCAACAGAGUAUACAUACCAGGAUCUGAAAUAUUAACACAAAAUGCUGGAGAUACUCUGCAGCUCAGACACGUCCGGUGCUGUCUGUGUGGAGUUUGCACAUUCUCAUGCGAGUGCAUGGGUAUGCAUCCUGGGUGCAGCAGUUUCCUCCCACAUCUCAUCGAGGUGAAUUGGCUACUGUAAAUUGCACAUAGGGGAGGUGGGUGCUAGGAGAAUCAGGGUAGAGUUGAGGGUCAAUUGAGAGGGAGGAAAGAACAGAAAAAUAAGUGGGGAAUGGGAUUUUUGGGAUUGCUCUGAGAGCAAUGGGUCAAAUGGCCUGCUGAUAGGUCAUUGACCUGAAAUGUUAACCACCCAUGUGCUCCCUGACCUGCUGAGUAGCUCCAGUACUUUUUGUUUUUAUUGGAGAUAUUUGAAGUAUGAGGUGAAGUUGAGUCAUGGAUCUGAGCUUUAAGGAUCAUUGUAAAUGGAAGAGCGACACUUAGGGUAGGAUAUUCCAAGUCCUAAGACAUAGUUGAGGAUAAUAGGGGAAAAAAUAAAAGGAAGAGAUAAUGCGACAAACAGCACAAGUCUGAAGAACCAGCAAUGUUUGCUGUUGCACAUAGUGAGUAGUGUGCAAAGUAGAAUAUACAUUUGUACUUAGAGAUUUUUGGAACAGUAAGACAAGAAGUCUUGUAUUUUGAGAGUAUGUAAACAUUGGAGACAAUGUGCAAGAUCAUGUGAUAGCUGCAGCAAUACUGCCUUACCACUAUGGGGAGCACUGAGCUGAGAUUAGUUUGACAAUCUUCCUUGCCUUGACCUCUUCUCAACCUGAACAUCUAAUCUGGAAUGAACUUCUUUGCCAGACUAUUAAAUAGCCCCUAUCUGCUAGCUUGAGUGGUCUCCUGAUGCUGUUCUCAAUUUCUAGGCUCGCCAACAUGAUUUCUGGUUCCUAACAAAACAAAUCUUCAACCCUUAUUACUAGAGAGUGAGUUUGAACUUCACAGAUCUGAGCCAAGUUGAAUUGAAUGGGUAAAAAUUUCGACCAUUUUAAAUGUACAAUAUAUUUUAGAAGAAUAUUCAAUACUUUUAGCUUGAGGUCUUUUGGCAAAUGUUGCUUAAAAAGAUGUCUGUAGUAGCAGACAGCCUAGCAAUGGAGGUGGCCAAAUAUUUGAUUUAGAAAAGCAUCCCAAAGCAUUUCAGAAGUGCGAUCUAAAACUGCAAAUAAACGCAGUGCAGAAAAAGUGCCUCCUUUGUGAGAUGGUGUGUAAAUUUGUCCACACAGCAACUGUUUGCACUUUGUUUCAAAAUGCUCUUGGUUCCUCUGUGAAAUUGGUAAAACUUUGCUGUAAAUUCAGGUUCUUUCUUAAAUGAAAUAAAUUCUUGUUGGUGUGUUAUUUUAACAAAAUCAUAAAACAUGAAUAGAAAUAAAAUAUAUUUAAGAAGUUCUAUGGUUUUGUUAAAAGACUAACAUUGGGUCCAUUUGGUUGAUAUUGACGGACACCUCCAGCAGGUGUGGAAUUUACCUCAAAUGCUGAACGAUGUGAAUGAAAUAAAACUGAA